CCAAUGACCAGAACGGAGACCCCGACGUCGUGGUUGACGUUAACUGUGGCGUUCGUACUACCUGUGUCGGACUGGUGGACGUUGUUGCAGAAACUUCCGAGAAGCUUUCCGCGAGAAAGAGUGGCGGAGGAGCCGAUGGGGGGGAGGGGGGAAAGGCGGGGGUGUAUAAGCGGCUCAAGAGCAAGGUGAUGGAUAGAACCCGCACCAUGAGCGGAUACAACAGGAAGAACAUCACCAAGACAAUCACAGUCAAGUUCAAGGACGUGCGCUACAAGGUGCAGACCGCCAAUUCCGGCUCAUGUGACCCACGCCACUGCCUCCCCGCGCUCCUCGCCCCCAAGGUGGGGGGAACCGCGGCGGGUGGGGAAGGCGGGGGAGACACGGAAGCGGGGGCGGGGGGGAAAGCGGGGGCAGAGGAGCGGGAGAAGGAGAUUCUGCACGGGAUAAGCGGGAGUGUUGCGCCGGGGGAGGUGCUGGCAAUCAUGGGGCCUUCUGGGUCAGGCAAGACGACGCUUCUGAACGUGCUGGCGGGGCGCUUCGAGCAGGGCAACAUGGCGGGGACGGUCACUUACAACGACAUGCCUUACAGCAAGUCGCUCAAGAGAAGGCUGGGCUUCGUGCCGCAGGAAGACGUAUUCUACGCACACCUGACGGUCCGCGAGACCCUCAUGUACGCCGCUGUGCUGCGCCUGCCAAAAGAGCUGAGCUGGGCGGAGAAGGUGGAGCGCGCCGAUGAGAACAUCACGUUGAUGGGGCUGGACAAGUGCCGUAACACGAUUAUUGGAGGCCCGGACCUUCGUGGUGUAUCCGAUGGGGAGCGCAAGCGGGUGAGCAUCGGGCAUGAGAUCCUCAUCGACCCCUCCAUGCUGCUGCUCGACGAACCCACCUCUAGCCUCGACUCCUCCACCGCUCUCCGCAUGGUCCAAGUCAUUCAGAACCUCGCCAAAUCGGGCAGAACCGUUGUCACCUCCAUCCACCAGCCGUCCUCCCAGAUUUUCAACUCGUUUGAUAAGCUGCUGCUCAUAUCGGAGGGCAAUGCGAUUUAUUUCGGGAAGGCUGCAGACGCGAUGGAGUAUUUUGGGCGGCUGGAGUUCGAACCCCGGUUUACGAUGAACCCGGCGGAUUUUCUGAUGGAUUUGGCGACGGGAACGACGGCGCAUGCGCGGUUGCCACCGGCGUUGAAGGAGAGCGAGGGGUGGAAUGGGAAGAGCGUGCCGGAGCAACAACAGGAGAUGAAAGAGUUCGUGGCUCGAGCUUACAGGGAGCAGCAGGAGCCGCUGGUGCAUGCUGAGCUGGCAAAGCUGCCCACGAGCUCAGUUGCCGCCCAGAAGAGCGUGCAGCAGCGGCGGGGGUGGACGGCGCCGUGGUGGCUGCAGUUCUCGGUGCUGUGGGCACGCGGGCUUAGAGAGAGACGACGUGAAAGGCUUUCACUGAUCCGGAUCAUUGAGGUGGGAGGGUUGGCGUUAAUCUGUGGAACGCUGUGGUUUGGCUCGGACCGGAACACUGCAUCGGAGAUUGGGGACCAGAGGACGUUGCUCCUCCUCAUCGCCAUCAUCUGGGGCUUCUUCCCUUGCUUCGACGCCUUGUUCGUCGUCCCCCAGGACCGCGACAUGCUGGGCAAGGAGAGGGCGUGCGACAUGUACCGUCUGUCAGCCUACUACCUCAGCCGGCAGCUCGCGGAUCUUCCCAUGGAGUGGCUCCUCCCCACGCUCUUCACCAUCAUCUGCUACUUCAUGGCCACCCUCCGACUCACUGCUGCGGCCUUCUUUGGACUCCUCUUCUCAACCUACCUUACAGUCUCCACGGCUCAGACCAUCCCCGCCUUCAUCGCCUGGAUCAAAUACCUCUCCUACAUGUACUAUUCCUACCGCCUCAUCGUCAAAACCCAGUUCUACCCCUCUGACACCUACGAAUGCGGCCCGGCGAGCGACCCCAGUUCGGUUAUGUGCCCGAUGUCGGACGCUUUUCCGGGGUUCCCGUUGGGAGACGCGUGGGUGGAUGUGGUGGCGCUGUUGGCGCAAAUGGCGUUUUACCGCGGGCUGGGGUACAUUGCGCUGAGAUGGAUGAAGAUCAACAAGUAG